AUGGCGUGGAGUUUCAUCCUACGACGAGGUUAUGACUCGACCAUACCUGAAUUAUUGGAUCAUAUGAACAGCACCGUGGCUCAUCAUCCCAAACCGCCUGAGGUGGUCAUGAAUUAUGACCCUGUGGACAUCACAGGGUGUCUCAACUCCUUGUAUCUCUACACGGAUAUCAUAGAACACCAGUUUGUGGGGGACUUUUCUGUUCCCCUGUUAUGCUGCGUCUCCGUUCGAGGAAGGAACAACGAGUUUGUCACCAUCACCUAUGAUAAACUUCAUUACUUCCCUGUUAGUAAGCACCACAUUGACACCAUCAUCACUGAAAUAAAGACAGAUCAGUUUAGUGAGGUGGUGUGGUUCCCUGUGGCCCCAGAGAGGGACGAGCCCUUCUGGACACUGGAGUGGGUGGAGCUAGUGGGCUCAGAGCCUGCCCCUCAGAGAGUCAGGCGGCGAUCCAGAAGCAUAAAGACUCGGCCUCAGAACUCACUUGAAAGACAGCUGCCGGGGAGGCCAGAUGCCUCCGGCCUAGCACGUGACUGGGAAACCCCCGCAGCCCACGGUGCAUCCAAAGACUGGCCCGACCUGCCCUGUGCCCACUACCUGGAGGAGUUGCCAAGCUUGCCUCUCGCCAGCUACCCAGAGGAUUUCCCGAGCCUGUCCCGUACCAGCUAUCUGGAGGAGUUGCCGGGCCUGCAUCUCGCCAACUACCCCAAGGAACCCAUGGUGCUGGACCCCCCGGAGGACACCACCACAACCCAGGUGUUCUUCAAGGCCGGGCUGCUGGGGCUGCUGGAGGAGAUGCGUGAUGAGCGGCUUGCCCGGAUCAUCACCCGCCUCCAGGCCCAGUCCCGGGGCCUCCUCUCCCGCCUUGAAUUCAAGAAGAUCUUGGAACGCAGGGACUCCCUGCUGGUUAUACAGUGGAACAUCCGGGCCUUCAUGGGGGUGAAGAACUGGCCCUGGAUGAAGCUCUACUUCAAGAUCAAGCCGCUCCUGAAGAGUGCUGAGACGGAGAAGGAGAUGCUGGCCAUGAAGGAGGAGUUUGGGCGCCUGAAGGAGGCGCUGGAGAAGUCGGAGGCCCGGAGGAAGGAGCUGGAGGAGAAGAUGGUCUCUCUGCUGCAGGAGAAGAACGACCUCCAGCUGCAAGUGCAGGCUGAGCAAGACAAUCUUGCAGAUGCCGAGGAGCGCUGCGACCAGCUGAUCAAGAACAAGAUCCAGCUGGAGGCCAAGGUGAAGGAGCAGACAGAGCGGCUGGAGGACGAGGAGGAGAUGAAUGCUGAGCUGACGGCCAAGAAGAGGAAGCUGGAGGACGAGUGCUCGGAGCUCAAGAAGGACAUUGACGACCUGGAGCUGACCCUGGCCAAGGUGGAGAAGGAGAAACACGCGACGGAGAACAAGGUGAAGAACCUGACAGAGGAGAUGGCCGGGCUGGAUGAGAUAAUCGCCAAGCUGACCAAGGAGAAGAAGGCUCUGCAGGAGGCCCAUCAGCAAGCGCUGGACGACCUGCAGGCCGAGGAGGACAAGGUCAACACCUUGACCAAAGCCAAGGUCAAGCUGGAGCAGCAGGUGGACGACUUGGAGGGCUCCCUGGAGCAGGAGAAGAAGAUCCGCAUGGACCUAGAACGGGCCAAGAGGAAGCUGGAAGGGGAUUUGAAACUGGCCCAGGAGAGCAUCAUGGACCUGGAGAAUGACAAGCAGCAGCUGGACGAGAAGCUGAAAAAGAAAGACUUUGAGCUCAGCGCACUGAAUGCCCGGAUCGAGGAUGAGCAACUGAUAGCUGCCCAGCUCCAGAAAAAGCUCAAAGAGCUUCAGGCACGCAUCGAGGAGCUGGAGGAGGAGCUGGAGGCAGAGCGCACGGCCCGGGCCAAGGUGGAGAAGCUGCGCUCGGACCUGUCGCGGGAGCUGGAGGAGAUCAGCGAGCGGCUGGAGGAGGCGGGCGGCGCCACCUCGGUGCAGAUCGAGAUGAACAAGAAGCGGGAGGCGGAGUUCCAGAAGAUGCGGCGGGACCUGGAGGAGGCCACGCUGCAGCACGAGGCCACGGCCGCCACCCUGCGCAAGAAACACGCCGACUCGGUGGCCGAGCUGGGCGAGCAGAUCGAUAACCUGCAGCGCGUCAAGCAGAAGCUGGAGAAGGAGAAGAGCGAGCUCAAACUGGAGCUGGAUGAUGUCAGCUCCAACUUGGAGCAGCUGCUCAAAGCCAAGGCCAACCUGGAGAAGCUGUGCCGGACGGUGGAGGACCAGAUGAACGAACACAGGACCAAGUCCGAGGAGGCGCAGCGCAUGGUGAACGACCUGACCACCCAGCGUGCCAAGCUCCAGGCUGAGAACGGUGAGCUGGCCAGGCAGCUGGAUGAGAAGGAUGCACUGGUCAACCAGCUGACACGGGGGAAGCUGACGUACACCCAACAGCUGGAAGAUCUCAAGAGACAACUGGAGGAAGAGGCCAAGGCGAAGAACGCCCUGGCCCACGCGCUGCAGUCAGCCCGGCAUGACUGUGACCUGCUGCGGGAACAGUACGAGGAGGAGACGGAGGCGAAGGCCGAGCUGCAGCGCUCGCUCUCCAAGGCCAACUCCGAGGUGGCGCAGUGGAGAACCAAGUACGAGACGGACGCCAUCCAGAGGACAGAGGAGCUGGAGGAGGCCAAGAAGAAGCUGGCGCAGCGGCUGCAGGAGGCAGAGGAGGCUGUGGAGGCCGUGAACGCCAAGUGCUCGUCACUGGAGAAGACCAAGCACCGGCUGCAGAAUGAGAUCGAGGACCUGAUGGUGGACGUGGAGCGGUCAAAUGCCGCCGCAGCCGCCCUGGACAAGAAGCAGAGAAACUUCGACAAGAUCCUGUCCGAGUGGAAGCAGAAGUUCGAGGAGUCGCAGACGGAGCUGGAGUCGUCGCAGAAGGAGGCGCGGUCACUCAGCACCGAGCUCUUCAAGCUGAAGAACGCCUACGAGGAGUCGCUGGAGCAUCUGGAGACCUUCAAGAGGGAGAACAAGAACCUACAGGAGGAAAUCUCAGACCUGACGGAGCAGCUGGGUGAGGGAGGCAAGAACCUGCAUGAGCUGGAGAAGGUGCGGAAGCAGCUGGAGGCCGAGAAGAUGGAGCUGCAGGCGGCGCUGGAGGAGGCUGAGGCCUCUCUGGAGCACGAGGAAGGGAAGAUUCUGCGGGCCCAGCUGGAGUUUAACCAGUUCAAGGCGGAUUUCGAGCGGAAGCUGGCGGAGAAGGACGAGGAGAUGGAGCAGGCCAAGCGCAACCACCUGCGGGUGGUGGAUUCGCUGCAGACCUCGCUGGACGCCGAGACCCGCAGCCGCAACGAGGCGCUGAGAGUCAAGAAGAAGAUGGAGGGCGACCUCAACGAGAUGGAGAUCCAGCUGAGCCAUGCCAACCGCAUGGCGGCCGAGGCCCAGAGCCACCUCAAGGCCGCUCAGACCCAGCUCAAGGACUCCCAGCUGCAGCUGGAUGACUUUAUCCGGGCCAACGAGGACCUAAAGGAGAACAUUGCCAUUGUGGAGCGGCGGAACUCCCUGCUGCAGGCCGAGCUGGAGGAGCUGCGGGCCGUGGUGGAGCAGACGGAGCGCGCCCGGAAACUGGCCGAGCAGGAGCUGAUAGAAGCCAGUGAGAGAGUCCAAUUGCUCCACACCCAGAACACCAACCUGAUCAACCAGAAGAAGAAGAUGGAGGUGGAUCUGUCCCAGCUGCAGACAGAGGUGGAGGAGGCCGUGCAGGAGUGCAGGAAUGCUGAGGAGAAGGCCAAGAAAGCCAUCACCGACGCGGCGAUGAUGGCGGAGGAGCUGAAGAAGGAGCAGGACACCAGCGCCCACCUGGAGCGGAUGAAGAAGAACAUGGAGCAGACCAUCAAGGACCUGCAGCUGCGGCUGGAUGAGGCCGAGCAGCUGGCCCUCAAGGGCGGCAAGAAGCAGCUGCAGAAGCUGGAGGCGCGUGUCCGGGAGCUCGAGAACGAGCUGGAGUCGGAGCAGAAGCGCAAUGUGGAGAGCAUCAAGGGUAUGAGGAAGUGUGAGCGGCGCAUCAAGGAGCUCACCUACCAGACCGAGGAGGAUAAGAAAAACCUGAUGAGACUCCAGGACCUGGUGGACAAACUCCAGAUGAAGGUCAAAGCCUACAAGAGGCAGGCGGAAGAGGCGGAGGAACAAGCCAACACCAACCUGGCCAAGUUCCGGAAGGUGCAGCACGAGCUGGAUGAGGCGGAGGAGCGGGCCGACAUCGCCGAGUCCCAGGUCAACAAGCUGCGGGCCAAGAGCCGCGACGCUGGGGGGAAGAAGCUCCAUGAUGAGGAGUGAAGGGGCCCAAUUUUCCAGAUCGUGGCUGGGAACCUCCCACCCCCUCCCCAGCUGACCCCCCAAGACUGGGCUUAAUAACGUAACGUUAAUAGAGAGUCAUUAAUAAAGUGAAACAGCAAUCUUCUGA